AUGCUGAGAGAACUCAUAGAAUCGUAUCCUUAUACGGGAUGUGCCAUCGGUCUCGCUCUAUGCGCGACCCUCGCGGUUAUAGCGGAACAAAACAUUUUCAUCGGAUGUGCCGACUUUGCUAGCAAGCUAUACAGCCUGGUGCAAAAUGUAUUGUUGAGCCUAGCAUAUUUGUUCAACGGGGCCAAUGUAAUUGAUAGAUCGUAUAUCCUGGCGAAAGGGCUGCCUUUCGAAGUCGUUACCCCAGGAAGAAUACAGCAUAUGGUCACUUCGCCUUUGCAUAUGGAGGAGAUCAAUAGAGCACCGCUGGACGUGUUGUCGCUUCACGCCGUUGCGAAGGAUUUUCUGCAGCCCAAAUCCACGAUGCAUGGCUUCGAGUGGAACGAUGUCAGGGGCGUCGAAGGCACAGGAUUCGUCCGGGCCCUGCGAUCCCGCUCAGUUCCCGUCUAUGAGUUCUCAAAAAGAGUGGUUACUUGCAUUAACUGCUAUGUGUUUUUUGGCCGUGAAUUAGCUGAGGACCCCGAAUUUUACGACGCAGCUUAUAAUUUCCCCCAGGACUCUGCAUUUGCUGCAGAAAUGCUGAGGGUUCUUCCUAAGCCUCUUGCUCAGUUCAUUGCGGGCUGGUUCACUCGGAAUUAUCGGUCGUCAGAAUCAUUGCACCGCCUCCUGUCCGCCGAAAUCAAAAAGAGGACCGCGCGUGGAAGACAAGAUCAGUCUUGCCCGAUCAAUCUACAGAACGAUGGACUACAAUGGCUUAUCGAAACAGCUCCCAAGAAAUGCAACUGGAGUACGGAUCGUCUUGUCGGCGAGGUGAUGGGGAUAUGGUAUGGAUCAGUGCACACCUUGUCCAUAGCAGCCACUUUUGCACUGCUAGAUCUAUAUUCGCAUCCAGACUGCAUUGAUCCGCUUCGCAAGGAAGCUAAAAAUGUGGGCUUCAACGCCAGCGACGAUCUCCCGCUCCUAGACAGUUUUCUCAGUGAAUCGGCUCGACUGAAUGCCUUUGAAAGCACCGGUAUACGCAGACAGGCUCUGCAGCCUUUUACUUUCUCUGACGGGCUGCAUAUCCGGAAGGGGGAAUGGGUCUGCGUGCCGCACCGUUCUAUGAUGCGCGAUGAGAAGUACUUUACGAAUGCCAUGCAGUUCGACAGACUUCGUUUCCUAAAUGAAGGGCGCCAUCGCCAUGGCCUGACGGCAGCUUCGCGUGACUGGCUUGUUUGGGGCUUGGGCCGCAUAGUCUGCCCCGGCCGCUUCUACGCCACUGCAGUUCUGAAGCUGAUGCUCGCAAAAAUGCUCAUUCAUUACGACUGUGAGAUUCUUGGGUUUAGAGGGUCAAAUUGCUUCCAGUGGAGGUCGGCAGUGAUACCAAAAUCUACCAUUUCUUUACUUGUCAGAGACAGAGCUGAAGAUUGA